AUGAGUGAAACCAUGAGCACUCGUUCUAAAACUAUGACGGAGUCUAUUGAUUCUGAAUCUACAGAAAGUUCACUGGUCUACGAUCGCUGGACGAACAACAUAAGCUACCGUCAGCUGGUGGUGUCGGCCUGCAUCGGUAUCUUUCAAGUAUGGUGGCACCCAUACAUUCACGACUUCCGAAGGUUGCUGCCCUUUAUCUUCCUUUACAAUAUCUUCAGCGUACUGAUUGGGUAUCCACUGUUUUACCUGGAGCUUGCACUGGGAGUGGCCACCAAGAAGAGUGUGCUCAACUGCUGGGAUAUAGCGCCGAUGUCACGAGGCAUAGGUUUCGCGAUGCUAUCCACGUGCGUGUUCAGUGCGCUAGCGACGGGUGGGGUGGGGGCGUGGUGCCUGGCGCUGACGGUGCACUCGGUCCAUACAUUCCUGCCGUGGCUGCACUGCGCUGCAGACUCGCAGCCACCCUGCGCGGCGCGGCACCGCCCGCUGCCAGCAGGGAGUGAAACACCCCCGCAGUCCUUCUUUUAUAACUUCGUGUUGGACCUGAAGCGUGAUGGGUUGGUGGGAGGUCUGGGCAACGUGGUAUGGGAGCUACUGAUCUACUACGUGAUAUGCUGGAUACUCAUCUACUUCAUAGUCAUCAAACGGAUGUACAGCUUCUCAAAAUUGGUGAUGUUCAAAGACGUGUUGACGUACUUCGUGCUGGUGUGCGUGGGUGUGGGCGCAGUGCAGCUCAAAGGAGCCACGCGCAUGUUCAAAGACUGCGACUGGAGCGUGCUAUUUGAGAGCUUAGAGAUAUGGCGUGAAGCGAUGGAAUACUCGUUGAUAGAGAUGACAGUGUGCCAAGGUUCUCUGAUAAUGCUGGGCUCGUACUGCCCCAAGGUGCAGCACAAACUUGGUACCACGGCAAUGCUUGCGUUCGCCGUCUCUAAGUCCAGUUGUAUGACAGCCGCACUUGUACUCGGAGCUACGCACGGAGCUUUGUAUAAAGACUACGAGAAUUCCACUAAUAUUUGGCCGGGCGCGUCGUCGUCGAUGAUUCUGUGGUCGGACUACGUGGCGCGUAUACCCGGCAGUCAGUUCUGGUCUGCUCUUAUAUUCUUCACACUGUUCGUCUUAGCACUUACUACAACGGCGCUGUCGGUACAAACAAUAAUGUCAGCGUUCACCGGGCACUCGAUCAGGAAGAUCACGUGGGCCUUCCUCAUACUGAUCUGUCUGCUCUUCUGCUUGAUCGGAACCAUAACUCUGUGUACACAGGGUGGUUUGUACGUAGUGAACUUCUUAAUUAACUGGCCGGCAUCGAAGCCUCGGGUGCCUGUCGCAGCAUUAAUCGCUACUGUAGUCACCUACGUGUACGGACAGACCACUUUCUGUGAAGAUGUCUACUUGGCAAUCGGCGAAUAUCCCAGUGUGUUCAUGAGGAUCUGUUGGGCACUCUCGCCCGCCCUAAUGAUGUGUAUUUUUGCUGGCGGUGCGGUCACGUGGGAGACGAGAGAGGCGAUGGCCGGUUGGCUACUGUUGGGUGCAGCCAUGAUACCUAUCAUCGUCGUUAUGCUGGUAUACGCCAUGUUCAAGUGCAGAGUCCGAGUAAGUACAACUUUGCUGCAUUCAGACACGUUGAACUCUUAA